AUAAAUACGAGGAUAAUUGAAGCGCAGCAUAACAAAAGCAGGCUAAAGAAAGGAAGUGAAUACCUGAGUUGUAGGUAUCCAUGGCCAACGACGGGAAGCUACACGUUGCUAUGUUCCCAUGGUUAGCCUUUGGUCACAUGAUUCCAUACUUAGAGCUUGCCAAGCUCAUAGCCCAAAAGGGUCACAAAAUCUCCUUCAUCUCCACCCCUAAAAACAUCGAUCGCCUCCCAAAACUCCCUCCACAUUUAGCCCACCUCAUUAAUUUCGUCAAGAUUCCUCUACCCAUCCUUGACAAACUCCCUGAAAACGCGGAGGCCACCAUUGAUGUAGCUUACCACGAGGUCAAAUACCUCAAGAUCGCCUACGAUGCUCUCCAAAAACCCAUUACCCAGUUCCUCCAAUCCUCAUCUCCUGAUUGGCUCUUCUUCGACUUUGUCCCCUACUGGCUCCCCACCAUCGCAUCCAAUCUUAACAUUCCAACUGCUUUCUUCAUCAUCCUCAACGCUGCUUUCUUGGGCUUCGUUGGACCCUCUACAGUUCUUACGGGAACUAAAGAUUAUCGCACUAAACCAGAGGAUUUCACCGUCCCACCCAACUGGAUUCCCUUUGAAACAACGGUCGCGUUUAAACUCUUCGAGGUCUUGAGUAUUUUCAAAGAUGCAGUUGUAGGCGACGAAGAAAAUAUUUCCGAUUUGUAUCGAUUGGGAGCUUCCAUCAAAGCAUGUGACAUCAUCGCCAUCAAAAGCUGUUCGGAGUUUGAACCCGAAUGGUUUCAACUCGUUCAACAGCUUCAUCAGAAACCAGUUUUACCGGUAGGUCUACUUCCAGUCACGGUAAACAACGGUGGCGAUGGCAACAACAACGAUGCGUGGAUCGAUAUAAAAGAGUGGCUCGAUAACCAGGCUAAAGGGUCAGUGGUCUAUAUCGCGUUCGGGAGCGAGGCAGAACUGAGUCAAGGUCAACUCACUGAGAUAGCUCUCGGGUUAGAGCUAUCUGGUUUACCCUUCUUUUGGGUACUACGGAGGCGUUCUGGAUCAGCUGAUAAUAUCCAAUUACCUGAUGGGUUUGAGGAGAGAACUAAGGGAAGAGGGAUGGUGUGGACGAGUUGGGCACCUCAGCCCAAGAUACUGAGUCAUGACUCGGUGGGUGGGUUUUUGACUCACUCGGGGUGGGGUUCGCUGGUGGAGGGCAUACAGUUUGGGAGAGGUCUUAUAUUGUUGACUUUCUUGUCCGACCAAGGCCUAAAUGCUAGGGUUUUGGAGGAAAAAAAGCUGGGUUAUCCAAUACCGAGAGAUGAGCGAGAUGGAUCGUUCACGAGGAACUCAGUGGCUGAGUCACUGAGGUUGGUGAUGCUAGACGAAGCCGGGCAAACAUACAGGGACAACGUUAAGAAGAUGAGCAAACUGUUUGGUGACACGGAUAGGCAAGACCGCUAUGUGGACAAUUUAUUGGGUUUUCUUCAAAGCCACCGAAGGCCACAAGUACUGUAACUUUAGCUCUUUGGUGCUGCCAUGCCGGGAGGUUGGCCUCCUAUUUAAUUACUUCAAAUAAUAUUUUAAAGAUUAUUCAAAAUUUAAAAUGUAUGAAUUAAAUUUAUUUUAAGUGCGAUUUACUCUACACUAAAAUAAAUUUACACAACAUAUUUAAAUUUUGAAUAUUUUUAAAUAUUUCUGUUUUUGAAUGCACUAUUUCUCUGUGUUAACGUCGGGGUGUGAGUGUUUAAAUUUCUUGGUUUUUUUUUAUGCUAAUAAGAAAUAGAAAGGGUUAAUUAAGUGCUAUUUUUGUA